AUGGACAGGACGAGGCUGGCGCGAAGGUUGGCUUGGCUGGACAUGGAGAAGGGGGAGGGCGGCUUCAAGGAGGACGAGCAGGACGAGCAGGACGCAGGGACGAGGGAGCACGACGAGCAGGACGAUCAGGCCGAGCAGGACGAGCGGGACGACAAGGAAGGCGUCGAGGAGGACGAGCAGGACGAGCAGGCGGUCGUGGAGGCGGGCCUCGCCGAGCGCGAGCGCCUGCUCCGAGAGGCGGCCCUCGCCGACCGCGAGCAGCUGCUCCGAGACACGGCCCUCGCCUUCAUGGGCAGGACCAGCACGCCCGAGAAGCGGCAGAGGCCGGCGCCGGCGCCGCCGCCGGCGGAGAGGCCGAAGGAGGCGAGGGAGCCGAAGGCCGCGAGGCGAGGGCGCUCCGGCGCGACGGAGAGGAGGCCCCGAGGCGGCCGGGCGGAGGGCCGCGAGGAGGCCGAGGCGGAGGCGAAGGGGCAGAGGGCCUCGAGGAGGGGGCGCUCCGAGGACGCCCUUGGGCGGCGAGCAGAAGGCCGCGAGGAGAGGAAGCGGAGGAAGGCGCAGGAUGCCGAGGCGGCGAGCGAGGCGCCGCGGCCCCUCACCACCGCCCGGCAGCUGCUGCAGAUGGCCGACCGCCGAGAACACGGCCUCGACCUGCCGCACGGCGAGGCCCCGGGCGCUUACGCGGCGCAGGGCUUCGGGUGGCCGCAGCCAGCGGCGCUGGUGCAGUGGGCGGACGGCCCCUCCGCGGAGCCCCCC